CCUACACCCACCAUGCCAGCAACCCCUACAACAAACCUCAACCCCCCACCCCCAUCCCUACCCACCCACCCCUUUACCUCCAUCCGCAAAACCCGCUCCAUCAUCGCCCAGCAGCUCGACCAACUAUGCUUCGGCACCUCCCGCACCCAAUACCUCCUCUUCUCCUCUCUCCCCCCCUCCCGCUUCACCACCCUCUCCCUAGGGCGCUACGACGGCCGGCACACCCUCCCAAAAUGCGUGCGCCUCACCUACGACGCCGGGAAGGAGGAGAUGGUAGCUAAACUGAUGGGGGAGGCGAGACUGGAAUCUUCGGACCGGCUACUUGAGUGGUGGAUUUUCUCGAGGGCUAGGGGUAUGGGAAUGGAUUGGGAGGAAUUACUGCCUGAAGGUGCGACGACGUGUAGGAAGGAGGGGGUGGAGAGGGAGCCGGAUUCAUCGUAUAGACCGAGGGGGAGGGGGAGGGAUGGGUGGCCGACUGUAGUUACCUUAGUUGGGUUUAAGGAGGUGGUGGAGGGGCUGAGGUGGGAUGCGGGGUGGUGGGUUGGGGGGUCAGAGGGGGAGGUGAGGGUGGCGAUUAUUAUUAUUUUGGGUCUUGAUGAGCGGGAAAUUGUGUUGGAGACGUGGGAACCAUCCCGGGAUGAGACGAAGAGGGUUACGAGGUCGGCUGCGAAGCAAGUCACUCGGACGCAGGAGGUGUGUAUUUCUAAGGAUGAGGUUGAGGGUGCACCGCUGGUGUUGGGGUUUGAAAAGGUGUUUGGAAGGGCUGCUGGGGAGGGGGAGGGGGAUAUUGUGUUUUCGGCACAGGACCUGGGGCAGUGGGCGAGGAAAGUCUGGUUGGAUGAUGAGGACUGA